AUGCAUCUGCAUACGCAAGUCGUCUUGAUAUUAACCCAGCUGUUCCUCAUUGUACGCGUGACGGAUCAGACAAAAUGUGCCCUAACGUCCUCGUACGGUACCGUCUCGGUGAGCUAUUUCGCGACGCUACCGUCCGCGCUGGAAACGGACGCGGAAGACAUAGACGUCGAUGCCGACGUUGGUCGCCACCGGAUCGAUCUGACACCGCUGGUACCGACGGCGGACACGCCGCCUCAAUCCGACUACCCAACCUACAAUGAUGACACCGAAGAUGUAAAUAGCUUUCUGAAGGUGCUGAGCUGCUCCGAUACGAGCUUGCGGGCGGUGAACGAGGAGUAUCUCCGGCCGGUCGACUCGUACAAGGGCAUCCUGCUGGAACGGGUCCCGGUCCAGAACGGGGCCGCGGACCAUUUGGCGCUGAAGAACGAAAACUAUCUGGAGAUAGUGCGCUGGCGCAACAGCAACGUGACCGAGCAGCAGGUGGCCUUGACAUUUGCCCGGGACGAGCGGAAGUUCAGCAACCUGCUGAUACUAGACCUAAGCGCAAACUUACUUAGCACGAUAAGGAGAGACCAUUUUAGCAGACUGGAGCGGCUGAAGCUGCUGCAGCUAUCCGCGAAUCAAUUACACAAUCUUCCGAGUGAUAUUUUCAAUGAUCUGUCCAGCCUGGUCGAGCUGGACCUGCACGGCAAUCGGCUGGGUGAGCUGCCGCUGCACCUGUUCCGGCCGCUCGGCAAGCUGCGGGUGCUGAAUCUCGCGAACAACACGAUCCAUGAUCUUCCGCGGAACAGUUUCGCCGGGCUGGGCAACCUGACCGAGCUGCAUCUCGCGCACAACCGGCUGUACGUGGUACCGUUCCAGGUGUUCAAAGAGCUGCGUUCGCUCGAAGUGCUCGACCUGUCGAGCAACAUGCUCGUCUCGUUUCUGGACAACUUUUUCCUGCUCAACAAGCAGCUGCGUGUGCUGCGGCUGAACGGUAACAUUAUCGAAAAGAUCUCCAAGAACGCGCUGUACGGGUUGCGGCGGCUGCAGUCGCUCGAUCUAGCCGGCAACAAGCUGGUGUUUAUCGAUCGGAACGCGUUCGAUACGCUGGACGAGCUGCGCUACCUAAAUGUUAAUCAAAACCAAAUCUACAUCCUGCCGUCGACCGUGUUCUCGGCGCUCCGGUCACUCCGCUCGCUGGAUCUGAGCAACAACCUGAUGCGUUCGCUGCCGAACUCGAUCUUCGCAAACCAGCGCGGCCUGGUCCGGUUGCACCUGGACGCGACCAACCUGGAGUCGCUCAGCAACUGGGUGUCGCGCAACAAUCACACGGUGAACAAGGACAUUCUGCGGAACCUCCGCUAUUUAUCCAUACGUAACAACACCCGACUGAAGGAGAUCGAACCGUGCGUGUUCCGCAACGUGCCGCACCUGGAAACGCUGCUCCUGUCGAACAAUAGACUGACAAGCCUGCCGAAGGAAAUUGGCGAGCUGCGAAGGCUGCGCUACCUGGACGUCGGCAGCAACGACAUCAUGUACAUCCCGGAGCAAAUACGCACACUGCACGAGCUGCAGUACGCAAACUUCCUCGACAACGAUUACGGUUGUGAUUGCCACAUGUACUGGAUACUGAGCUGGAUCGAUGAGCUGCAGGCGGAGAACAACACGCAGAAAAUCUACGACCUGUUGCGCCUGUCCGAGCUGAAGUGCCGCAACGGGUAUCCGGGUGAUAUUGUGCGCGUUCUGCAGCACAUCAGCUGCUUCAAGCCGGAGCUGCUGCAAGCGUCCGAAAGCAGAAUGCACCUGCUAAAGUCGGACGCCGUGCUGGAGUGUGUGUUUACCGGUAAUCCACCGCCGGACAUAAUCUGGAUAACGCCCAAGAACGAGAUAUUGCGCCACAGCCAGGAGCAGGAUCAAAAAUCGCUGCUGUUUGAGUCGGACGACGAUGCCGGCCAUGGUGGUGGCAAUCGGAAGUACCAGCAAGCGGUCGAAUUUCAGAUGCUUCCGAUGGACAACGUGACGGGCGAUGGGCUGCACGAAGGGAUCACGCUGCUGGAGAAUGGCUUCCUGCGGAUUCACAACAUUUCCAGGCGCGAUAGUGGGCUGUACACGUGCUAUGCUAUUAAUAUCAUGGGCAAUGCCACGGCCGAUAUCCGCCUCUACAUCGAUCCAAUCGUGUUCUAUCGUGUCAAGAUAGGUAGCAUCAUUACCGGUGCAAUCUCGGCGGCCGCCUUCCUUGCGCUGACGCUGAUCUUCCAAGGCAUUCGGCGCAUUUUCAUACGCUUCCGCAUCAUCGAUCUUAUCUGUCAGAAUUGCUGCAGUUACUGUUACAAAAACGACAAAACAUCCUCGAAGGCGCGCCAGAUCUACGCCAUGCUCGAUAACAUCGAACACUACAAGAGCCAGCAGCUGGAGCGCUUACGCGAUAACUACACGCAACAGGUUCAUCGCAUUAAGGACAACUGUGCGCAGCAGGUUGACUGGAUACAGGGCAGCUACUCAACGCAAGCGAAACAUCUGCGAGAAAUUCGCGACAUUGGAACACACCAUCUGACUACAUUGCGCGAUCAGUACUACGAUCAGGUACGCCGUGUACGUGACUAUUCCACCGGUCAGCUGACCUGGGUACGGGAAAACUACGUGUUCCAGCGUAACAAGAUCCGAAAGUUCAGCGCCCACCAGGCGCUUCGAUUGCGCGAAGGUUACAAGUACCAGCAGCAAACGCUCAACAAGGUGCUGGAAAAUUUGCCCAGCUUCUACUUCGAGAACUGCCGGGGUCGCAACGAAGAGGAUGAAGAUUUCGAUGGAUUCGAGGUGUAUCUGAAGGCAAAGAUCGAGAAGCUGUCGCAGAUGGAAGGCAACGAAAAUCCACCAACGAAGGUGUUAAGUUCCGAUUACGCGCUGAAGUAUCUGGAAAACUUCUCUACCAAGAGCGUCGACGAGAGCAAAGCGUCGGUGUACUUCACGCCGAACGAUGAUGAUCAUGCCAGCCCAGAACCGCAGAUUUCUCCCAUCCACAUCAAUUACUUGAACGGGCGGGCCGCACUGGAGGAUGGUGACGAUGACGAGGAGGGCAUGACGGCCAGCAAGCUGCACUUCGGUGCGGCAUUGAUGGCCGCCGGAGAUACACCGAAAUCGUUCAAAUCCAUCAUCGGUGGUAGUGGCUCGAUCGGUGGAGCCGACAUUCCGUUGAAAUCGAUCAUCAAACCAACCACAAGGUUUAUGUACGAUAAGCAUCUCGGUAAAUAUCGCCUCUGCCAUCAGCAACCGAACCGUUUGAGUGGUGGUUAUGCGAACGAUGACGAUCUGCCCGUACCCGACCUUGGUGGCGGAAUACUCGGCAGCCCUCUGCUGAUGGAUGUCGGUGCGGUGAAUGGUGCCGGGUACGAUGGUGCUACGUCACUGCACUACAACGACGGGCUGGACGGAGAUUCAGCGGAUGACGAUCAUCACAACUACAGCCUUAAGAACAACCGGAAACAUCGACGCAAGAGGAAAAUCUUGCUCGGUUGUAAGGCUGCCCCGCUGAACGGCAACAACGGUCACGGGGGCGGUUCGGGUAGUGGUGGAUCCGGUUCAGCGAGUGCCUGCGAGUAUGAGACGCUGCUUAUGAAAAACUUAAGCCACGAUCCGCGCGAAUCGCACUACAAAAUCAUUCACAUCAACAAGCUGAACAAUGGUGUGAGCAAUAGUAACUACUUCGGCGGUAUGCUGAGUUCGGCCCCGUCGUGUGGUAGCGGCUGGAUGGCAGGACGUGCCGUUAGCCGCAGACACCAUCACCGCCCGACGGCAGCCAUGUCGGCGGCGGCAGCAGCAGCUGUUACCACGUCGUCACUCGCCGGAGACAACGAUUACCACUAUUCGCUGGAGGACAUGAUACAGGACAGCAAUCAGAAGAUACGCCAGUUGAUCUACGACUCGAAGAUUGACAUUAUGAAUGAGGUGAUCAAUACGGGAGCUGCCGUUGGUGGAGAAACGAGACGGGCGUCGGGUGGACGCGGACGGAACAGUGCCAGCGGUGGGAACAAUAGCAAGAGCAUCAACAAUAUCGAUGGUGCGGGUAGUACUAGUGUGGGAGUCGCAAAUGGAGGCGGUGGUCCGGUAGGAGCACAGAGCAUGGUGGGUUUACCACACGGUGGCAACAUUCCGAUGAACGAUGAGUACGAUCUGUGCUGUAGCAGUAGCAGCAGCAGUCGUAACAACAGUUGCAGCACCAGCACCAAUGCUAGCCGCGACAGCUACAAGAAGCCGCAUCGUACCGCUGACACGAUGGUAACGCUUGGACGAUCGGUAGGCUCAUCGUCCGGAUCGCCACCGACCGGUGCACCGACCACCGUUUCUCUUGCAAUGGCACAGAGCGGAUGUGGUGGGGCUGGAGGUAGUGCAGGAUCUAGCCACCACCAUCCGGUGAAGAAGAUCCACAAGCUGCACUUCGACUCCAGCACCAAUCGUAUCCAGCAGAGUACUAGCCUGCCGGAGAUCUACUUCGAUACGUUACCGCCGCGCACAGUCUUGCCGGUUUCGUCGGGCCGGAUGAACGGGACGACCUCGAUGGCGGAACCGGCCCCGGGGACGAUUUCACCCAACCAGACCGGUUCAACCAUUUCGUCCACAUUUUCCAGCGCGUCCGGUUCGGUCGGUGGCGGAAGACUGGAGGAACCCCCGUUGGCGGGCGGUCCACUGGUACAGCAGCAGCCAGCAAAAGUGCACGGUGGCAAACAUGUGAUUUUAGCAGUAGAAAACAAGGAAAGUGCCACCGGUGGUAGUUGCGUUGGGGCGCCGCUACCGAACAAAAGCUGGCAGUCGUCGACCGAACCGAAUGGCGGUGGUGGUUGUGGCAACUCGUCAAAGUCUUCGUCUCCAUCACCGGCAUCAUCGUCCGUGUCCCCAUCACCACCAGCGUCGCCUAUCGAGUCAAAUAUCAAUAUUAAUGAUAAUAGUAGUAUUUGUAGCAGUGCGAAAUGCAAGCAUUAG